AUGGAAAUAUCAAAUAGAAGCUUUCUAUCUGAUCCGCAACGAUAUGCAAUUUUCAUUCAUAAGUCAUUCAGUCCAGUGCCAUCUCGGUUUAUCUUUAUCUAUCUAUCUAUCUAUCUAUCUAUCUAUCUAUCUAUCUAUCUAUCUAUCUAUCUAUCUAAUAGCGCAUUUAUUUACUUCAUUUCUUUCUCUUUAUCUCUCUCUCUCUCUCUUUCUUUCUUUUCAUUAAUUCGUUUCGUUUUUCUUUCUUUACUUCUUUUCAUUGAUUCUUUUCUUUCCUUUUUUUCAUUGAUUUUUUUCCUUCUUUUUUUCUUUUCUUUCUCUUCUUGCCUUUUUCCCUUCUUUCUUUCUUUCUUUCUUUCUUUCUUUCUUUGUUUACUCCAUUCAUUCAUUAUUCCUUUACUUAUAUCUUGCUCCACUUUUUAUUUGCCUAUUCUUUUUUGUCUUUUAUCAUUUCUUUCAUAUCUCUUUCUUUGUUUACUCUUUCAUUUUCGCUUCUUUCAUUUAUCCUUCUUUUGGUUUCUUCCUCAGGUUUUUAGUAUCGUUUCUUUCUUUCUUUCUUUCUUUCUUUGCUGA